AUGAGAAGUGACAGAAAAUUAUGGGAAGAUGGUGAAGGAAAAAGUCCUGUAGCAAUACAUACAGUAAAGGCUGAAGAGGGAAAAGAAAAAUUAGAAUCACCUGAAACCAGUAUCAGAGCUGAAAGAUACCAGUCUGCUUCCUCAAACUACCUCAGCAUCAGCAUCCCGCAUACUGUUGUGGCACCUGGAGAUACUUUACACAUCACCUUGAAUGAUGUUCAUCAGUCUGGCAGUGGAAGGAUUGACUAUUUCUAUUAUAUGGUUGUGGCAAAGGGACAAGCUGAGCUUUUGGAAAGGGUCCCCUCGUCAAACAAAAUAAUAAACCUUAAAAUCACUGAGAAGAUGGUGCCUGCCUUUCGCUUUUUAGCUUACUACUUCAUUACAAACAAGGACCGUCAAGAGAUUGUUGCUGAUUCUGUAUGGGUGGAUGUUAUGGAUGUCUGUGAAGGAAAGAUUAAAGUGAGAACAGAACAAGAAAGAUAUGAACCAACAGACAAAAUCAAUUUAUUGAUUGAAACGGACCACGUGGGAACAGUUGCCUUGGCUGCAGUUGAUAAAGCAGUUUUUAUUCUGAACAAGAAAAAUAAGCUUACAGCCAAAAAAGUAUUUAAUGCUAUGAAUUCGUAUGAUCUUGGAUGUUCUGCAGGUGGUGGUGCAGAUAGUGUUCAAGUUUUUACUGAUGUUGGUCUGGCCUUUUUAUCAGACACAAUUAAAUCAAAUAUUCGGAAAGACUAUAAAUGCCUCCAGGUUACCAGAAGGCAGAAGAGAUCUUUGGAUUUUCAGAAGAAAAUGUCAGGAAUUGCCAGCAAAUAUCAAAACACUGAUCUACAAAAAUGUUGUGAAGAUGGCAUGAAAUUAAAUCGCAUGAGGUUUUCUUGUGCAAAAAGGCUAACAAAGGUGGCUGGCUCCCCUGAAUGCAGAAGAGCCUUCCAGGACUGCUGUGAGAAAGCCACAGCCCUCAGGAAGCAGCAGAAGCGGAUAAUCAGAGUGGGCUUAGCACGACACUAUGACGACAGUGAAGAAGUGUUUCACGAAACCUCUGUCAGCUUGCGCAGUUAUUUUCCUGAGAGCUGGUGGUGGAAUACUGAAGAAGUGAAAAACUCUGGAAACCAUAGUGUACAAAACUUUGCUCCUGACUCUAUAACUACCUGGGAAGUUCAGGCAAUAAGCAUAUCUCCCCAAACAGGAUUUUGCAUAGCUGAUCCCCACACCUUUGAGGUUUUCAAGGACUUUUUUGUGUCCCUGAGAUUGCCGUACUCAGUCAAACGACAUGAACAACUAGAAAUAAAAGCUGUGGUUUACAACUAUCUGCCCAGGGACCUCCAGGUUACAGUGACGAUGGAGGCAGUGAAGGGGCUGUGCACUGCAGAGGCAAUGGAGAAGGCUGUGCAGACGACGCUGGUGUCUAACAGGAACUCUGCAACACCAGUCUACUUCUCAGUUGUCCCUCUGACUGUGGGAGAAAUUCCAAUUACUAUUAGUGCUUCUGACGCAGUUUCUGGGUACAGUGAUUACAUUCGGAAGAACCUCAAUGUUGUGGCUGAAGGUGUUUUACAGAGAGAAGAAAAGACCAUUUGCAUUAAUAGUGGCUUAAAGUCCUAUACACUAGACCUGAACAGACCACCUGAUAUGAUACCGGGUUCUGAUAGUCACGUCUUUGUUAGCCUGAAAGGGAAUAUUAUGGACGAGUCUGUUGAAAAUUGUCUCAGUCUCACUGGAGUUGAGAAACUUAUUCAAGUGCCCACAGGCUGUGCAGAGCAAACAAUGGUGAAAAUGGCCCCUGCAGUCUAUGCUAUUGAGUACUUGGAUGCCAGUGAGCAGUGGCUGAACUUUAAUCCUGAACAGAAGGAGGAAGCCAUUACAAUGGUUGAAAAAGGCUAUACUAGACUGCUUGAGUUUCAGAAGGUAGAUGGCUCCUAUGGAGCAUUUAAAACAACCCCCAGUAGUGUAUGGUUAACUGCAUUCAUUGUCAAAGUACUCACAAGGUGCAGAGAAUACAUUAGCAUCCAAGAUAGUCACAUACGCAGCUCAAUUUCCUACUUGAUUAAUCAACAGCAGGAAGAUGAUUCAUUCCACGACCAUCACCCAGUAUUGGACAGGACUAUGCAG